CUCUCAUACGUUUCAAGUCGCAGAGCAAAGCAAAGCAGAGCCAACAACAAGAAGAACAAAACCAACAUCAACAACCACAAGAAGAAGAAGCUUGCAAAUUAGAAGAAUCUUCAGUUGAAAGGGAAGAACACACAAGAACAAAGAGAGGAAGAAACGCGAAUGAAGGGAGAAUUAGAGUUGCCACCAGGGUUCAGAUUUCACCCCACUGAUGAAGAAUUGGUGAAUCACUACUUGUGUAGGAAGUGCGCGGGUCAACCAAUCGCGGUUCCCAUCAUCAAAGAGGUCGAUUUGUACAAGUUUGAUCCAUGGCAGCUUCCAGAAAUUGGCUACUACGGCGAGAAAGAAUGGUACUUCUUUUCUCCUCGGGAUCGGAAAUACCCGAACGGUUCACGGCCGAACCGUGCCGCCGGAAGCGGCUAUUGGAAAGCCACCGGCGCCGAUAAGGCGAUCGGAAAACCGAAAGCGCUAGGGAUCAAGAAAGCUCUGGUUUUUUACGCCGGAAAAGCCCCCAAAGGAGUGAAAACCAAUUGGAUCAUGCACGAAUAUCGCCUCGCCAAUGUUGACCGAUCUGCCUCCAAGAAAAACAACAACAACUUGAGGCUUGAUGAUUGGGUGUUGUGUCGAAUCUACAACAAGAAAGGGAAGAUUGAGAAAUACAACACGACCGCACCGAAGAUGAAUCUUGAAAUGAUUCAUAGUUUUGAGCACGAGAACGAGACGAAGCCUGAGAUUCAUAAGCUUGGAAAUGAGCAAUUGUUGUACACGGAGACUUCAGAUUCGGUGCCAAGGUUGCACACGGACUCGAGCAGCUCGGAGCACGUGGUUUCGCCCGAUGUGAGGUGCGAGAGGGAAGUGCAGAGCGACCCCAAGUGGAAUAACGAUGAUUAUGAUCUGGGCCUACAGCUAGAAAACGCGUUUGAUUUUCAGUUUAAUUACUUGGACGAUAAUAACCUUUCCGUCGACGAUGACCCCUUUGGCACUGUUCAGUACCAAAUGGGUCAGCUCUCGCCCUUGCAGGACAUGUUCAUGUACCUACAGAAGAUGUGAAAACGAUACGUUUUUUUUGGACAAGAUGAUGGGACCCGCAAAUAUCUUUAUUAUUUUUUUGUAGUAAAAGUCAGCAUUUGUGUGCAAUUGCAUUGCACCUAACAUUUUGUGGACUAGGCCAAGCUUAGUAAACUAUUCUUAUUCUUUGUUCUAGAGAGAUCAGGGAAUGUGGAAUUCGGUUGAAAUGAGCUAGUAUUUGGAUUGGAUCUUGGUGUAAAGAGAACAAAAAAAAAAAAGGAGAAAAGGAGUUAGGUGUUGCAGUAAGUAAAAAGUAAGCCGAAUGAUGGAUGAUAGGAUAUUGGAGGGUUAAUGAGUAGGUGUAAGGAAAAUUCUUGUUCCAUUGCUAUUCCAGUAUGAUUUUUUCAUAUAUUUUGUAAUAUACCAACUUCUGCUUUUCAAUUCAAAGGAAACAAUUGAAUGAAAAAUCUUCCAUUCAAAGGAUGGAAAUGAUGGUGCAGCCUAGCCUGGCCUCGAGUGUUGUA